GACUGAUGAUGUGUCGAGAAAAAACUUGGCACUUCCUCAUCACCGCUGUGUUCGGUUGUGAUUGGAAGUGGAGAUCACUGAGCGUCCCCCAAAGUAGUUGAAAUAUAAGGGCUGUUAUUUAGUGCUUCCACCUUCUGAACAGUCUCCCAAAGGUUGUAUUUUCUCGUAAACCCUGGGAAGUCGGAGUACAGGCUGCGAGACACGGGAGCAAAGCCAGGAGAAGGCAAGCUAGCUUUAUAGCUAGGCACUUUUGAGUGGUGGUCUGUCAGUGGCUGCAGGGAAACUAAUGGAAAAUGGAUUUCCUCUGUGAAAUAGUUCAAGUUUUGGUCGCAUUAGCAGCUCUAGGUUUCAUCGUGGUGCUCAUUCUAGCACACGCCACUGCCGGGAUGGUGAACCUGACACGCCACGAGAAGGAGAAAUACUUCCUCACCACCUCAGGAGAGAAGGAGCGGUGCCCCAGCCUGCACGAUCCCCACUCCAGGGAGCUCUCUGUGGUGGUCCCAGCCUACAACGAGGAGCUCCGAAUGCCUGUGAUGUUGGAUGAGGCUACGGAGUACUUAGAAAACAGACAGAAACAAAACCCUUCUUUUACCUAUGAGGUCAUUGUGGUUGAUGAUGGCAGCAAAGACAAAACCACAGAGGUCGCUUUGCGGUACACUAGGAAGUAUGGUGCAGAUAAAGUGCGGGUCCUGACGCUGGUGCAGAACAGGGGGAAGGGGGGAGCUGUGCGGAUGGGAAUUAUGAGCUCCAGAGGUAAAGUCAUUCUGAUGGCCGAUGCUGACGGAGCCACCAAGUUUUCUGACAUUGACAAAGUGGAGGCUGGACUUAAAGUACUCAGCCCUAAACCGGAGAACAUGGCAAUUUCCUGUGGUUCCAGAGCUCACCUGGAGAAAGAGUCUGUAGCUCAGCGAUCUGUGUUUCGUACAUUCCUUAUGUAUGGCUUUCACUUCCUGGUGUGGUUCUUCUGCGUGAGAGGGAUCAGGGACACACAGUGCGGCUUCAAGCUUUUCACACGUGAGGCUGCACUCAAGACGUUCUCUUCUCUCCACGUAGAGCGAUGGGCUUUUGAUGUGGAGCUCCUGUAUAUUGCCCAGUGUUUUAAAAUCCCCAUAGCAGAGGUGGCGGUCAACUGGACCGAAAUAGAAGGAUCCAAGCUGGUCCCCUUUUGGAGCUGGCUGCAGAUGGGACGAGACCUGAUUUUCAUUCGCCUUCGCUACAUCACUGGAGCCUGGAAACUGGAGUCACCAAAUAAGACUGACUAGCCAAUCAGACAGGCCCUGGUAUUCUAGAGACAGCCUAUGAUAGGGCCAUCAAACCUUUGGUUGAGGUGGGAUUAACAACUGUGUCCAUGAAUCACUGUAAUCAAGAAAAAAGUACAGUAUGCCACAUUCUUGUCCUUUCCAAACGCCACUGGGGAUGAAGUAAUGACACAGUUGUGGGAUCCUCAUGGUCCUGCCUUUAUUUUAUUUUAUUUUUUUUUAAAAUUCGGAUAUUGGCUUGUGAUGUCCACUGUUACACGCGACAUUUCUGUUGUCCCGGCUUACAGAAUGUCUGUAUGACUGAUCGGUGUACUAAGUUACUUAGUGUUUACGUUGUGGCCUAUGAGUUGUAAGUGAGAAGGACUUGUAAGAAAUGUGGAGGAUCUGGUAAUCUGUGUCUCUUGAUCCUGACAGGUCAAGAUUCUGAAUCUUGUUAUAUGAGAUUUUUAAAAGGGAGCGAUUGCAUUUUUGAGGAAACUGUGGGUUGAUGGGCUGGAUGACUUGAACCAAAAUAAAAAAUAAAAAAAACUCAGUGAUUUA